AUGGCCAAUCAACCUGGUGCUAGUGGUGGAGGUGGUAGCGGAUAUAAUCCUUCAUCAGGAGGGAAUCACACUCCCCCAACAACAGGGCCUCCUUCACCAGGGGGGUAUUCUCCAUCUGGAGAACAUCCUUCACAAGGCUAUCCACCGACUGGGUAUCCUCCGCAUGAGUACCCACAAGGGUACCCACCACAAGGUUACCCACAAGGGUAUCCUCCUUCGCAGGGGUAUCCUUCGCAAGGGUAUCCUUCACAAGGAUAUCCUCCGCAAGGCUCACAAGGGUAUCCUUCUCAAGGUCCACAAGGCUCCCAAGGAUAUCCUCCGCAAGGCUAUCCACAUGGAUAUCCUCAACAAGGAUACCCUCCACAUGGGUAUCCUCAACAAGGCUACCCGCAAGGAGGUUAUCCUCUAGGAGGUCCUCCUGGUGCAUAUCCACCAUCAGGUUAUCCCGGUGGUGCAUACCCACCGGCUGGCUAUCCAGGUGGAUAUCCCCAAGGCGCUCAUCCCGGUCAACAUGGAGCACAAAAAGGAGAAAAGGGAGCCGCAGGUAGCAUAAUGGGAGUGAUCGCUGGGGGAGCAGCAGCAUACAUGGGUCGUGGUCACUACGGACAUGGUCAUGGUCACUAUGGACAUGGAAAAAUUAAGCAUGGCAAGCACAAGCACGGAAAAUACAAGCGUGGAAAGUUUGGCAAGCAUAAGGGCAAAGGGAAAUUCAAGUUAUUUAAGUGA